AUGGCCUCUCUUCCCAAAAAGCCCGAUGGCUUUUUUGACAUCGUUGGCCACGCAAUGGCCGACAUGCACCACGACCAUCGCUCUGCGGACAGCGACCAUCCUUCGACGCCUCCUCUUGCGAAACCACCUGUGGAAAACUAUCAAUACUUUAGUCACUCUCAUAAUCAAGAACACAAUGACGAGGCAAACGGACACUGGCGCGAGCAGGGACAAGAUGGUGUUCUGGAUGGGUCGACGGGUUUAAAGAAACGGCCUCCGAUCGGUAGAAGAGACGCCUCACCGCCCUCCCCCAAUUCCCGAAUAUCCUUCCCCAGCAACGUCGAAAGGCGACCACCUCGACGCAAUCUUUCUGCCUCCACAUACCGCUCGCCCAUACCUGGUACGCCUCAGCAAAGGACUGGCCCUCCGCGGUCGAUCUCCUACAGCUACUCGUUCUCCAGCGCACAUGGCCACUCGUUCUCCCCCGCACCCGGUCAAAGCAACUCCUCCGCGCCCUCACGGCAAACCAGCGAGUCGCACGUGGAUGAAGACCCAGACCGGGCAUUCGACUUCCCGCCCGUCACCUCCCCCUUCCGUGGUGCACUGGAAUACCAAGACCCAGAGCAGCGCGAGCGCGAGCGGUCGAUGGCCGAGCGCAAGCACAAGCGCAGAGACAGCUACUUCCACGACGCGCCAUGGAACCCCAUGAAAUGGAUAUCAGAAUCCCCUCGCGGCUCGCAAGAUGACCUUCACUCUGCCCACCCUACCCCGCGCACCGAUUCUGGGCACCCCGAGCCCGAAGACGAAGACCCUCCUCCAUCCGUCACGCGCCACUCCGCGGGCCCGUCGCGCCUCCGUCGCGGGCAAUCCCUCCCCCACAUGGGUCCCGGUUCGACCGCUGGGUCGCCGUCCACGCCCACGCUGAAGUGGGGCCGACUCAAGUCGCUCCUCCCGCACAUCACAGGACAGUCCAAGGCGCAGCCGCCGCACUCUGUCGUCACCUCACACAACGUGAACAUCACCGACGAGCUCAUCACAGGGGGGCUCGCGACGCUCAUGUUGCGCCUGUGGGUGGAGCGCGAUGAGAAGGGACACCGACGGGUGCCCGGGUUGUUUCACCGGCUGCGCAUCCGCGUCAGCGACAGUCUACAUCCGAUGCAGGGCAAGAAGGCGGUAUUCCGGAUCGAAUGCGAGUACGCGAACGGGGCCGUGCGGUGGGUCGUGUACAGGCAGCUGCGCGAGUUCAUCUCCCUCCACGGCCACUACACCAUCGCCAAUGCAUACAAUCGCAGCAUCGAGACGUUCCCUGACUUCCCCAUGCACACUCUCCCUUACUUCAAGUGGCUUAAGGAGCGCCAUGGCGAGCUUGGUCGGGCCGACUUUGCUCGUAUACAGCGCGAAACGAUCGAGAAUUAUCUUAUAAGUGUCAUUCGUGCCGUUAUGUUCCACCCAUCCGUAAACCGUUUGGCAGGGUUUCUGGAGUUUGGUGCGCUGACCGUCGCACUCGCGCAAUCUGGCGGCGCGCAGUACAAGGCUGGCUUCCUCUACCUGGACGGUGUGGCUCCCAAGCCGUCGUUCGGGCGUCGGUCCGCGGGCUGGCGCGAGAAGAAGAAACAACGUUGGUGCGCUGUCCGCGAGAGCUAUCUGGUCGCGAUGGAAGAGAUGGGAGAGCUCACUGUCUGGGACGUGUUCCUCUUGGACCAAGACUUCCAGAUCGAGCGGCCGACGCGCUACUACCGACAAGGCCUGAACUUGAUUCAUGGACCUGAAGCUAGCUCGGAUAGCGAAGGCGAAGGGGAGCACGAGCAGCGGCAGCAGCCGCACAUUGCGGUGAACGGGCAUGACGUCACCGGCGAGCCCGUCGCCGUUCCCCCGCGCAAACGGCUCGCGUCUACCGUCGGCUCGAUCAAGAGCUCAAUCUCCAGGGCCCUCUCUCCGAAGAAAAGCCUGCAUAGCCGCAAUAACACAUCUGCAAACAACCUCUCGGCUCCUCGACGGUCAAACGAUACCGGCGGCGCUAGUGUGGAUUCGGCGAGCAGCAUCUCCGGACCACCCACACGCGCCGCGACGCCGAUGCUCGAUCCGUCGACGCAUACGAACCCACUCGCGCUUCAUUCGGACCACGAGCCUGAGCAUGACGAGCACGACGAGCACCCGCAGUCACAUCACCGGAAGCGCAAUUCGAAGGACGUCUCCAAACACGUGUUCUAUGUCGUGAACUCGCAGACGCGGCUGAAGUUGUACGCGAAGAACGAGCGGCAGAUGCUGCAGUGGAUCGCGGCGCUCGAGCGCGUCGCGCGGGAGAGCCACUACACGGGCAAGAAUCGGUUCGACAGCUUCGCGCCGAUCCGCUUGAACGUCGCUGCGCAGUGGCUAGUCGAUGGGCGCGACUACUUUUGGAACCUGUCGAGGGCGAUCUUGCUCGCGCGGGAGAGCAUCCAGAUUCAUGACUGGUGGCUCUCUCCGGAGCUGUUGAUGCGAAGACCAGGCAAGGACCGGUAUCGUCUUGACCGAUUGCUGGAGAAGAAGGCGAAGGAGGGCGUGAAGAUCUACGUUAUCCUCUACCAGGAGGUCUCUAGCCGUACCACGCCCACGGACAGCAACUACGCGAAGCAGCGCUUAGCAUCCCUUCAUCCAAACAUUAUGGUCCAGCGAUCGCCUUCCCACUUCCAGACUGGCACCUUCUACUGGGCGCAUCACGAGAAGCUUUGCGUCAUUGAUCAAGCUAUAGCCUUCAUGGGUGGUCUUGACCACUGCUUUGGAAGAUGGGAUACGCCUCAGCAUGUACUUAUUGACGACCCUGACGACGAGAGCGAGCAGAUCUGGCCGGGCAAGGAUUACAGCAACCCCCGUAUAUCUGAUUUCCACACGCUCAACAAGCCUUUUGAGGACAUGUACGAGCGCGCCAAGGUGCCUCGCAUGCCAUGGCAUGAUGUUUCGAUGCAGAUCGUUGGCCAACCCGCGCGCGAUCUAGCACGUCAUUUCGUUCAGCGGUGGAACCACCUCCUUCGUAUCAAAAACCACUCUCGAACGAUGCCAUUCCUUCUACCACCGCCCGAGUUCAAGCCCGGUGAACUGGCAGAUAUGGGUCUUACAGGGACUUGCGAGCUACAGAUCUGUCGAUCAGCCGGCCCGUGGUCACUAGGCACGCCGGACCGCGUCGAGCAUUCCAUUCAGAACGCGUACCUUAAGGCGAUCCAGCUCUCGGAGCACUUUGUGUACAUCGAGAACCAGUUCUUCAUCACCUCGACCGUCGUGAAUGAGGUCAAGAUUGAGAAUCGGAUCGGCGAUGCUAUCGUUCAGCGAGCAAUCCGCGCUCAUCGCGAGGGUAUCCCAUGGAAAUGUUGCAUCGUCAUCCCGCUGCUCCCUGGCUUCUCCUUCCCCGUUGACCACAGCGAUGCUAGUGCUAUUCGCAUCAUCAUUGAAUGCCAGAACAGGACUAUCUGCCGUGGACCUAACUCCAUCUUCGCGCGCCUUCGGAAAGAGGGCAUCGAUCCCGAUGACCACGUCACCGUCUUCUCGCUUCGGAGCUGGGGAAAGCUGCGGGACAAUGUCCUCACUACCGAACAGGUCUAUAUUCACGGCAAGGUGUGCAUCGUCGACGACCGCCUCGCCAUCAUCGGCAGCGCGAACAUCAACGAACGCUCCCAGCGCGGUGACCGCGACUCCGAGAUCGCUGCUGUCAUUCGCGAUACAGACAUGAUCGACUGCAACAUGGCUGGAAAGCCGUUCAAGGUCGGGCGAUUCGCGCACACACUGCGUGUGCGGCUCAUGCGCGAGCACCUGGGUGUUGACGUCGAUGCACUGUAUGAGGAGGACCUCAUGGCGUCGUCUCCGACCAAGGAGCCUCACGAGCAGGAACCGUGGGACCCAGAGCACGAGCAGGAGUAUGGUCGUCCAGGCGUCACACGUAUCAAGCAUCACCAGCAGGGACCCAUGAACAAUAUGAUGCACGAUGCUAGUGAGGGUGUGAAGCAGGUCAUGCAUGCGGCUGAGGAGAUUGGGUCCACCAAGGUGACCCGGGGCCUCCGCAGCGUUGGUAUCAAGUCCCACGGGCUCGACGCCUCCGCCGGCGACACGUACCUCGACGAAGAGCGCAAGAUGUACGAGCGAGACGGCGAGAAGGUGCCAGGUUUCGCAAGCUCCGUCGUCCCUACCCUCGAGGAGAAGACCAUCCACGAGCGGCGCCCGAAGCAGCGUGUCUCGGGCACCCCGAUCGAGGAAGCUCUGGACGAAGAGGACCACACAGACUCCCCGGAGAAGAUCGACGGAGACGUGACCCCACGUCCUCCCACUUCGCAAUUGGAGGGUUCGAACGGUGUCGCCGACCCUGGUGUCAAGUCGAAGGAUUUCUUGCCGUCCAAUGGGGCCAAUGGUCAUGUAGAGCAGAACGGCUCUGCGAAGCGGUAUGAACCGCACCAGGCUCGCCUGGAGACUGGCGAGCUAUACGGAGCCCCAGCCGACGCGUCCGUCGACCCGCAGCACGACGACCAACCCCCGCACGCGCGGUCGGGCAAGGUCGACGCGGACGAGGGCGAGGAGCGCGCGCCCGGGACACGCUCAACGUUGCGGAAGCACCUGACCGCGAAGCUCGGUAACAAGCAGUGGCAGCUGCCGACACCGACGCCGGUCGUAGACCCUAACGGGUUCGAGGACCCGGUCUGUGACGCGUUCUGGAAGGACGUCUGGGUCGCCUGCGCCGUGCAUAACACCGAGAUCUACCGCAAGGUGUUCCACGCGAUUCCGGACGACAUCGUCACGACGUGGAAGCAGUACAAGGAGUUUAUCGUCCACCAUGAGCGCCUGAACAAGCCCCUCAAGGACAGCGAUCCGUCGGGCCCGCCCCUGGCUCGCGUACCAUCCGAGGCUGCGGACCAUGAUGCACCUGGGCAACAGAAGGUCUCUGAGCACGCCGCCAGCGCGUCUCAAGAUGCCCUCGCUCGCGAGAAGGAGCAUGCCGACGACGAGGACGCGCGGGACGCGCAUACACCCCUCCCGGACAGCUCAACGCCGGUGCCGGGUCAGCGGGAGAGGGAGAAGGAGAAGCGCGCGCCCGUCCGGGGACCGCAGCCGUUCGACCGGGCGGAGCGCGAGGAGAUGGAGAAUCUCCUGAACGAGCUGCGGGGGCACCUCGUGGUGUACCCCACGCGCUUCUUGGAGGGCGAAGACGUCACGAACAACUUCCUCUUCCCUUCCGACCGAUUGCUGCCCUUGCCCAUUUACGACUAG